AUGGCAACUCUUGAGGAAAAACUGAUUGCACUGGGGUUGCAGAAGAAGAGGACCAUCCCAGACAAUCAGAUGGCUGUAGUAGGAGUUGCACAAGCCGGUGUGAUAUGUGCCAUCAACAUUCUGGGAAAGCCUCCGGCAGAUGAACUUGUGCAGAUGGAUGUUUUAGAAGAUAAACUCAGAGGAGAAAUGAUGAAUCUGCAACAUGGAAGCUUAUUUCUUCAGACACCUAAAAUUGUGGCAGACAAGGAUUACUCUAUAACUGCCAAUUCUAAGAUUUUGGUGGUAACUGCAGGAGUUGGCCAGCAGGAGGGCCAGAACCCUCUCAAUCUGGUGCAGAGGAAUGUUAGUGUCCUCAAAUUCACUAUUCCUCAGAUAGUCAAAUACAGUACUGAUUGUAUCAUAUUUGUGGUUUUCAACCCAGUGGAUAUUCUCACAUGUGUUACCUGGAAGCUAAAUGGACUACCCAAGCACUAUGUGAUUGGAAGUGGGUGUAAUCUGUAUUCUGCUAGAUUUCACUAUUUUAUGGCUGAAAAACUUGGCAUUCAUCCCAGCAGCUGCCGUGGGUGAAUUUUGGAAGGACAUUGCAACUCAAGUGUGUCUGUGUGGAGUAGAGUGAAUGUGACAGCUGUUUGUCUCCAGGAACUGAAUCCAGAAAUGAGAACAGACAAUGACAGUGAAAAUUGGAAGGAAGUGCAUAAGAUGGUGGUCAAAAGUGCCUACGAAGUCAUCAAGCUGAAAGGAUACACCAGCUGGGCUACUGGACUAAGUGCGGUUGAUCUCAUCAAAUCCAUGUUGAAAAUCUAUCCAGUACUCAUCCAGUGUGAACGAUGGUGA